UACUUUGUCUGAUAUCUAGAAAAGUCGAACAUAAGCUCCUACUACACAUUAUUGUAAAAUAUUAUUUCCGUGUUUUCAACCGCAGUUGAAAGGAGAAAAGGUGUCUUGUACCUACUUUUAAGGAAUCUUAUCUUAGCUUGAUAAAAAUGAGAUGAUUGCUUUGCCCAAUAUUUAAUUUUAUCAGGAUGAAAUACUUGAAAUCUGACAUUGUUGUUAAUGUCACUGAUAUUCACAUUCAGUCGUCAGACUUUGUGCCGGACGGUUAUAUUCUAAUACUGGAUUCCGAUAUACGUAUAAAUGUUUGCGAAAAAAUACACAGAAAUAAAAUAACGAUUUUAACGUGUCGGAAAUUCGUCAUAAAUUAAGAGAGCAUCGCGCAUUAUAAUAUGAAAAUAAUCGUGAAAAUUCGUGAUCGCACUUAAUGAAUCACGUCUAAUUAGUUUCUCGAGGAAAAGCAAUCUGUCGUUAAAAAAAAAUUGGUAAAAUGAUCGAUCAAUCAGUUGUUCCAGAAAGUCCUAAUGCACGCAGAUAUGCGACUGCUUCGAAAACAUCUGUGCGACCUGUGAUUCCGGCAAAAAUGGGGAAUAAAAAAGUUAUAGUUACCUCAACAGUCGGUAUAAUAGUCAUGAUUCUUGGCAUAGUUCUGGGAUCGGUUUGGAUUACUCAUCUAUACAAUUGGACUAUGUUAAAGAUAUUAACAUUAACACCAACAUCUAUAAGUUACUCUAUGUGGAAGGAGACUCCGAUUCCAAUGUAUUUAAAGUUUUAUAUGUUCAACUGGACAAAUCCACACGAGUUUCAAUCAUCAAGGGAUGCGAAACCACAUUUUGAGCAAAUGGGGCCUUACGUUUUUCGAGAAAUUGAUUAUAAAGUGAACCAGGUGUGGAAUGAUAACGGAACUGUCACAUUUCAAAGAAGAAAGGUUUGGUUUUUCGAAGAAUCAUUAUCGAAUGGGAGCCUAUCUGAUCAAGUAACCAAUCUAAAUCCAAUAGUUGCGACGAUUGGACAUUUCGUAAAAGAUAAACCUUCGUUUGUACGUAAGUUGGCGAAUGGGUUUAUAGUACGUCUAGGAGAGAAGUUAGUAAUAACUAAGAGUGUAAACACGCUAAUAUUCGAGGGAUUCAAUGACACGUUGUUGGAACUUGCGCGACAGAUGAAAGCGACUAAAUUACCUUAUGAUAAGUUUGCAUGGUUUUACGCGAGGAAUGGUUCUGAUAGUUACGAUGGUACAUUCAAUAUGCUGACUGGAAUAAAUAGCUUCUAUAAGAUGGGAGAGAUAAAAGAAUGGAAUUACAGUAACAGAACGGAUUAUUACAAAAGUUCAUGUGGUAUGAUAUCUGGAACGGCUGGCGAUUUUUGGCCACCUUUACCGAAAAAUCAUAAUGUAUCUCUCUUUGUGCCUGACAUUUGCACAUUUCUGAAGUUAGCAUACGCAAAUACAACGACGUUUGAGGGUAUAGUAGGGAAGAAAUAUAUUGGAGAUGAAACAAUGCUUGAUAAUGGUAAAAUUGUGCCAUCGAGAAAAUGUUAUUGUCCCAACGGGAAUUGCGCACCUAGUGGACUUUUAGAUAUUUCAUACUGUAAAUAUGGAGCGCCGGCGUUUGUUAGUAUGCCGCACUUUUAUCUGGCAGAUCCGAGUUAUAGGAAUGCUAUAUCAGGAAUGGCACCUGAUAAAGAAAAGCAUCAACUACUUCUGAUAGUAGAACCAACUACAGGUAUCCCAUUGCGAGUUAAGGCGCAACUGCAAUUAAACUUGUUGGUGGAACCAGUGGAGUAUAUGAGCAUAUUCGAAAAUAUCAACAAGACUUAUAUUCCGAUGAUGUGGUUUGCCCAAGAAGCUAAUCUAACUGCCAGUUAUGCGAGUACAGUUAAAAUAUUUUUAGUUCUUCCGACACUGGGCACCGUAACAUGCUUCGGAAUAGCCGGCAUUGGAAUCUUGGUAUUUUUCAUCGGAAUUUUUAUUUACAUUCGACAAAAAUGGCGAGGAGAGGAAGGUCAGGUGUUAUUAUCCAAAUAUGACAACAACGUUACGAAUAAUCCCGUCGCAUAGUAAUUGCUUUUCCUUUAGUGCCAUCGAUAGCAAUAGGGUAUUUUUACUUGCUUUUUACUUUACUUCCUUUACGAUGACAUUCAGGCUUCCUUCUUCAAUUUGCAAAAUAAUUAUAGAACAGAGAAAAGACUGUGUCAAUGUCUUAUAAAUAUUUGAUGAAAAACAGUUAAAGUUUCGUAAGAGUAUAAAAGUGCCUACUUUCAGCUGCUAGUGUAGCUAGGGAUUCAACAAAUAAUCACUAAUAAGGGUAGUUCAAAUAGUCAAUAAGAUGUAAGUGUUAAACAAAACAAAGUAAAAAUUUAUUUCUACAUUCGAUAAGAUACGAAAUAAAUAUAGAUUUUAUUCAAUGCUAUGAAUUCAUGAUAUAAUAUGCGGAACACGUUGGAUCAUCCUUUUGAUGAGAUGUGCAAAUGCAUAUUUUGAAAUGCAGUAAAAGAAAAUCUAUUAAUAUUACUGGCACUUUAUUAGAUAUGUAUUACGGCAAAAAGAGAUUAUUUUAAUGAAAUUAGAAAUUGUUCCUGCUCUCUACAGAAGAGACUGUUUCAAACAAGUCAGGAAUAAUUUUAUAGACAUUUGAAACUUUAAUAUGUACAUAAGAGAAAUUUGAUUCUAGCGAUUUCUCUGUUAUGCCUAAGCAAUAAGAGUUACCAUUCCGAAAA